AGACAGCUGAUCUUGACAGCUAAAACUGAUAUAAUGAUAUUCUAGUAAGGUUAGAAUUUUGUUUAUUUCGUUUGUAAAAAAUAUGUAAUGGGUAAUAGUAAUGUUUAGACAAGUAUGUGUUAAGUUAUAAAUAGAUUCGGCAUUAUGGCACUAUAUCGAGGUCUGAAUAUCUGUAUUUUACGAGGUAAUCGUUCGUACAGUAUCUUGAGUAGAACCUAUGAUGCCUCUUCUUUAAAAACAUACUAUUACGUGAAUGUAAUACCGAAACGGCUUUUAUUCUGGGAAAAAGAUCGAAAAGCGGGCUAUAACACAGAGGAAAAGAUUUCAACCCUUCAGCACAUCAAGAAAGGAAUAAAGGAAAUGAAAUCAGAAUUUAAAUUACUGACGGAAGAAGUAAAGGAAUAUCUGGCCACCGAUCCCUUGCUUAUAGCCAGGCCAGGUGAGACUGACUUGUUAUGGUGCUUCAAUGAACCCAGAGUGGUAGAACAGUUCGUGGCAACGUGUGACAGUGAUCACAAUGAGGGCUACAGUUCUUGUGGAUUCGGCAUGAGUCCAGCGGGGCGAGGUCUGUUCCACGGCUACCUUGAUACACGGGUGCCGAAGGAUGGCCGGAUCAAAAAGGCCGGUUAUUGCGCUAUAAGAUCACAGCGGAUAAGGAAAGCAUUCAAACGAGAAUCGACGUUUAACUGGACCAUAUACAACACAUUAGUGCUCAAAGUGAGGGGCGACGGCAGGUCGUACCUCCUGAACAUAUCCUGUGAGGGCUAUUAUGACAUCACGUGGAAUGACAUAUAUCAUUACGUGCUCUACACCAGAGGAGGGCCUUAUUGGCAGAUCGCGAAGAUUCCAUUUUCAAAGUUUAUUAUAGGUUCCAAGGGUAGAAUACAGGACAAACAGACUAGGAUGCGUCUGGAUAAAGUCACACACUUCGGCAUCACUUGCGGUGAUAAGAUCAACGGCAAUUUCAAUCUUGAAUUGGAGUAUAUUGGUUUGGAAUUUGACCCGACGCACGACGAAGAAUUUGCUUAUGAAAUGUACAAAACGGAUCGAUAUAUUGUUGGAGUUUAAUAAUAUUAAUUAGACAAUUAAAAUAGAUAUUUAAACAAAUA